AUGUCCCGCCCCCAGGUCAGCAUCGACCGUCUCACUCCCCGACGUGCCAAUGCCGAGCCCCGUGAAUCGAUGAACUGUAAAUCCUGUCGGAAACGCAAGAUCAAAUGCAACCGUCUGCGCCCCAGCUGUGAGGCCUGCAAGGUCUUCCAGUGUCCCUGCAUCUACGAUGCUGUGCCCAAAAAACGCGGGCCCAAGACCGAUGUGCUGGAGGCUUUGUUAAAGCGCGUUGACGGACUUGAGAAACGACUGCAGGAGGAUUCCCCUAUUUCUCCGGUCUCGUCUGUCUCACCCAUCAAGUCGGUGGAGCAACAACAACAACAGCAGCAGCAGCAGCAACAGCAGCAGCAACAGCAACAGCACCCCCCGCCAUUGUUGCCUCCGGCCUCGGUGGGCUUCCAACAGCCCCCACCGCCGCAGUGUUAUGGACCCCCGCCUCGGUUACCCGACGCCAUGCUCGACACCUAUUUUGCUCGCCUUCAUGGUAAGCCUUACUGGAUUUUGGAUGAAUCCCAAACCCGGCAGCGCCAUCAAAUGGGUCAAUUGCCUGCGCAUUUGUCCAUGGCUAUUUACGCCUUGACGUCACGCUAUACCAAUCCCAACCCGGUCCUCGGCAGUCAGGAGUAUGCGCGACAAGCCCGUCGGCUGGUGGACGUUGAUAAUCCCUCUAUCGACGGCACACAGUCCCUUUUAUUGCUCUCCCAAACCUUUUUCGCCCAUGGCUGUGGGAAAACGGCCUACAUGGUCCUCUCCAAUGCGGUGGCCAUGGCCUUAGCCUUGGACCUAUAUCGCGAGGUCUCCACUCCGACCCUGCCCGCCUCCGAACGCGAGAUGCGACGCCGCCUGUUUUGGACCGUCUACAUUAUGGACCGCUUCCUGACUUGUGGCUCCAAGCGACCUUGUCUAAUUGCAGACCACUCUAUUGCACUGCGGCUACCGGGCAUCGGCUCAGAGACCGGGGAAAGCUUCAAUCCCGUCGGCCCUAACAUCCAGUACACUCCCGACCGCCGCAAGGGUCCCGGAGGCCCAACCCUGUUAGUCGACAUCACGCGCAUACUAGGCGUCACUCAUCGCUAUCUGGCAGCCGGGGGUGUCAAAGGCGACUCCCAUUUCCCCUGGCAUGCGUUGUCCAAUUUGUCCAAAAUUCGACAGGAGCUAGACCUGUGGGCCGCGGGGACGCAGGAUCUGUUCGCCUCGAUCGAAACACUCUUCGGCCACACGGAGAGCACACUUCUACUCCUGAGCAAGUUAAUUUAUCAUCUGGUCCAUUGCCUACUCUAUCGCCCCUUCCUCCCCAUCGAUCUAGUAGAGUUGCGUGGCACCGGCCAACAUCAGUCCUGGCAGAUUGAGGCGACCACGCUCUGCUUCUCGCACGCCAACGCCAUCGCGGAGCUAGUUGAAUUGGCUCGACACGCGCCACGCCUUGAAUGGCCUUCACUUGUGGCAUACUGCGUUUGUACCGCCGGCACGGUACAUGUGCACGGGGUGCACUAUCAUGGGCGGGAAGGCGAAGUUUUUGCCUCCAGUGCCGACUUUCUGACUCGCGAAAUGCAUCAGCUGGCCUGGCUGCGGCAGUACUGGGCAGGGGUACAACAUCAACGGGAAAUGCUGCAGCGUAUUACCACCUGCCAUGCCGACUUAGUGCGCACAAUGGCAGCUCGCCCCGUCCGUUUUGCCCCCGUUUUCCACCUCGAGGACUUCUUCGAUCGGUAUCCCGGCUUGGCUGUUGAGAGUGGACAUUUGCGGUUGGUGGAUCGGGAUGAAUCUCUUCCACUUUUCGACCGACAGGACAUCUCAGGCGGGUUCAUAUACCCCGCUACAGGGACGCUCCCCUCCCAAGGACGGUCGUCCAUAAGCUUCCAGUCGUCGCAGGCGUCUCCACCGUGGGGCCCUGGGCCUGAAUUAGCUCUUCCGGAAAGCAGCCUUGGAUUCUCUCCAGGAGUGAGCAAUUCCCCAGCGGCAUUUUUGUCAGAACCUUCCUUUACUGCCCCAACGCCACCAGCCCAGCCGCAGUAUGCGACGUUUCCAUUCGAGGCCACGCCUGGCGCCCCGGCAUUAACACCAGACGCGCCAUCUCAAGGCAGCUCUGGCACUGUCACCGGAGGCGGGCCCGGAACGAGCGAAGGAGAAAAAGAUCCAUUCCUCAGUCUUCUGGAGCAGUUAGCAGAGAAUGAGCAUUCUCAUGGCGGGCCCAGUGAAUUGGACUUCUUCUUGGGCGAGGGAUUGGAUCCGAUUCCGGUCCCGGACAAUCAUUUGACGGGCCCGAGCAGCUUGCCCGAACCUGAGUGA